AUUCUUUAAAAUGUAUUAUUGUAUUUUAAUGUCUGAAUGUUGAUGCUUGUCUGACUACUGUUCAAUUCAAUAGUUUUUUUAUUUUUUUUAUUUUUUUAUUUUUUUAUUUAAAGUGUUCAAUUUCUUCAAAAACUUCUUCAGUUCAGUUGUUCUUAGAGAAUGAUGGAUUAUUAUAAUAAUAAUGUUACAUAUUAUAUAAGUCUGGAUGGUCAUGUAGAGCUGGAGAGAUACAGAUAUGUUUAUUUUAUAUUGACUCUCGCAGUUUAUCUGCUGAUUAUUUGCUGUAAUUCUGUUGUAAUUUCUGUUAUAUGUGCGAACAAGUCUCUGCAUGAGCCGAUGUACAUUUUCAUCGCUGCUUUACUCUGUAAUUCUCUCUGUGGGACGACGGCUUUUUAUCCUAAACUGCUGAUUGAUUUACUGUCUGAAACUCGUCUGAUUUCUCUGGAAUCCUGUAUUUUACAGUCGUUUUUAAUCUAUACUUAUGGAGCUUCAGAGUUUACACUGUUAUCAGCUAUGGCCUAUGAUAGAUACGUUUCUAUAUGUAAACCUUUACAAUAUGCAACUCUUGUGAACAUGUCUACAGUUAGAAAACUCUUAUUUAUCUGCUGGUUUUUGCCCUCCUGUGAGGUUGGAAUAGCAGAUAUUCUCACUUAUCAGGUGAAGCUGUGUAAAUUUCAGCUCCACAGAAUCUACUGUAAUAACAGCGCUCUUCUGAAGCUGAGCUGUGGAGAUACGACUGUGAGAAAUUCAUACGGACUCUUCGUUUUAGUCAUCGCUGUUUUUCCACCUGUAAUAUUCGUCGUUUACUCCUAUAUAAGAAUUUUAACCGUCUGUUUGAAGAAUUCGAGAGAAUUCAGGAGAAAAGCUCUGAAAACCUGCUUCCCUCAUCUCAUCAUCUUCACUAAUUUCUCUGUUACCUCCUGUUUUGAGGUGAUUAACGGCAGAUUAGAAGGGAAUAUUCCUCAUUUACUGACUAUGAUCUUAUCAAUAGAAAAUCUGAUCGUCGCCCCUCUGAUACAUCCUGUAAUUUACGGGCUUAAACUGCAGGAGAUUUUCAACAGGAUCAAAAGAAUGUUCUGGAAAAAGAGCAACCAAAUAUCAUUUUAGAUUCAUAUAUACUAAUUCCCUUCAUUUUAUAAUGUAUACAGUACAGUACAUUCCUGCUGUACUGAACUGCACACAUGAUUUGUUUUUUUAACCUACCUGUAAAUUGUCAGCUUUUUACUGUAGUAUAUAUAUAUAUAUAUAUAUAUAUAUAUAUAUCGUCACCGUGUCCAUUUUUCUCCAUUUUACUAAAUAAUUUGAACAGACAAAGUGUCCCUCACACUGUGUCAAAAUUUAUUGAUUAACGGCCAAUAGAAAUUCUCCAAAAUGACCUGAAAUAAACUCUUUUUACAUUGACUUCCA